AGUCUUUUAUAUAUCUUCCUCCUCACGAAAAGCUUUCUUAGAUUUACUUCUAGGGCUUUGUUGUUACUUCUUCACAACUCCAGUUUGAUCAUUUUCGUGUAUAGCUUAAGAUGGAAAAUACCGAUGUUGACCAGCCCCACUCCAUGGGCACAACUAUUAUCGGCGUUACUUACAACGGCGGCGUUGUACUCGGUGCCGACUCUCGCACCAGCACCGGAAUGUAUGUGGCGAAUAGGGCUUCUGAUAAGAUCACUCAGCUGACUGAUAAUGUCUACGUUUGCCGCUCCGGAUCAGCAGCAGAUUCCCAAAUUGUUUCAGACUAUGUUCGUUACUUCCUACACCAACACACGAUACAGCUAGGCCAGCCGGCUACUGUCAAGGUUGCGGCGAACCUUACUAGGUUAUUGUCCUAUAACAACAAGGAUAGGCUUCAAACAGGUAUGAUUAUUGGUGGUUGGGACAAAUAUGAAGGAGGCAAAAUAUAUGGGAUCCCUCUUGGAGGCACAGUCUUGGAGCAGCCUUUUGCUAUUGGAGGAUCUGGCUCUUCUUAUUUGUAUGGUUUCUUUGACCAAGCAUGGAAAGAAGGAAUGACUCAAGAAGAAGCUGAGAAACUGGUGGUCACUGCAGUAUCUCUUGCCAUUGCACGAGAUGGUGCUAGCGGUGGAGUUGUCCGGACUGUAACUAUUAACAAAGAUGGAGCCACAAGAAAGUUCUAUCCAGGUGAUUCCCUCCAACUUUGGCAUGAAGAAUUAGAGCCUGUGAACUCACUGCUGGAUGUUGUGUCUGCAUCAAGUCCUGAUCCAAUGGUCAGUUGAAACAAGAGUAUGCCCCUACUGACAUGUUUGAGGCUGUAGAAUUUUAUUAACUGCUGCUGGUGUACAAGUACUCCCUCGCAUGUUCUGGAUCAUUGUUUUUUCCCUUCCUUUUGUCCUGCUGCAACUUUUUAAAUCAUUUAUGUUGACAUAGUUCUGACUGUUUCUGGUCCUGUGAUUUCCCAUUUGCUUUAAAAUAGGUAUUUCGUCCACAUUAAGGCGGAAACUCUGAAACUUCUCAUGUUUGCUUGAUUUGUUUAAAAGAAGUGGUUGGAAAAUAA